AUGGUACACUAUGUAUUAGUCAAUACAUUUGACUUGAAAUUUAUACACUAUUUGUCAAUACUAUCGGUAGUGAAGAAUCAGAAACCGGAUGUCAUUUAUAUUCACUGCAAUUGUCGUCAACUGAGUGGCCAGUAUUGGCAACGAUUGUCGCGGUUGUCAAACAUUACUAAUAUACCGAUUGAAUUAAAGGAACGGGAAAUGUCUAAACAUAUAUUUGGCCGUAAAGUUAAUCCACAAAUGUUUAAAUGGCAUUCAGCCGACUAUACCCGAGUCAAUGUACUCAUUGAAUACGGAGGUAUAUAUCUGGACACUGAUGUCUAUGUUGUUAACAGUUUGGAUGAGUAUCGUAACAAUGAUAUGACAUUGGAUUUUGAAGCCAAUGAUGAAUUCAUAGGUUCGCAAACAUUGAUUGCCCGAAAAAAUGCAACAUUUAUGAGACUAUGGUUGGAAACAUACAGAAACUAUCAAUACAACUGUUGGAUGUGUAAUUCAGCCCAUUUUCCCACACAAAUAGUCAAACGUCGGCCCGAUUUAGUCCAGCGGACAGCUGCCGAUGCUUUCGGCUGUAAUAUUAAUGUUGUCUGUCCGCUACUGUUUCUACGUUACGAUAGCCAAUGGCGUAACCGUUUUCAUACUGUCCAUCUGUUAGCCCGAGGAAAUGGAUAUACAAAAGGCGAGAAAUGUCUGAGAGGUAAACAACAGUUCAAUGAUUUUAUUGACGAGAAAUAUAUUUAUGCAAUGAAUCGGACUUUCGGUGAAAUGGGCAGAGAUUUACUUGACUUUGAGAAACAAUUGUUGGAUUAG